UGCAAUUCACGUAUAUUGCUGCACGUAUACCUAGCGAAGUCACGUUGCGUGCGGCAUCACUCGCAAAACUUUCUUCAAUGGUUUAAUCUUGAAUGUAUUCUGCGAAGUUGUUUAAUUUUUAAUAUGCGCAAGCGCAUGUCGCGGCUGAGACAUGAGACCCAUGUCUGGUAUGAGCUCUCGAUCAACAACCAGGACUUAACUUGCAAGUAGCAAACGCGAGCUAUGCGCGAACCUAACAAAUCCGAAUGUGCUUCGUUUUGACUCGAGCGAACAGCUGAGUAUUUCGGUCUGGUAAUUUUGCAAGAACUUUUCGAACUUGUUCCGAAUUUUCUGUCGCUAUUGAUGAACAACCCUAUAGUGUCUUAACGUUAUUAAAAUUCCGAAGACAUAUCGUUCUGGCUUUCAAUCAAGGAAAAAUCGCACAAUCGUAUAAUUGUCAGGAUGAUGGUCCGCAAUGUACAUUAUCAGGAGGAUGUAAAAUACGUCCUCCAACAGAGUCAUGUUGUACUUCGCACGCUUGGUAUUUGGCCGUUGACUGAUAGACGGCCAACCACGAUUGACAAAAUAAUAAGUAUUUUUGUCGUAGUUAUCUGUUACUUUUUUCUCCAUUGCGACUUGGUACCGGGUAUUCUUUAUUACGUAUUCUCCAACGACGACCUGAUCAUGAAGGUGAAGAUGAUACCACCUAUCCUAUAUUCGGUUAUGGCAAUUGCCAAGUAUAGUAAUUUAUUAAUUUACGGGAACGAGAUCAGAAGUUGUUUGCAAUACAUCAAGGAGGAUUGGGAAACGAUGCUCAUUGGCGGUGCGCGAGAUAUGAUGAUAACCAAAGCGACUACUAGCAGACGAAUAUUUACCAUAUGUUGCACGUUCAUGUAUUGUGGUGGGGUCUCCUACAAUACGAUAGUGCCAUUGUCGAAGGGGAAGAUCAUUACCGAUCAGAAUGUUACGAUUAGAGCUUUAUCCUGUCCCGGUUAUUAUGUUUUCUUCGAUCCGCAGGACAGUCCGGGCUACGAGAUCGUGUUUCUUCUACAGUGCCUUUGCGGUGUCGUUAUGUAUACGAUUACGGUAACGAUUUGCGGCCUAGCCGCGCUCUUCGUGUUGCACGCAUGUGCUCAGAUGGAGAUUUUGAUGUGUUUGAUGGAAGAUCUUGUCGACAAGAGCAACUCUGGGCAAAGAGACGUCGCUGCAAAACUGAUAACUAUAAUCGAACACCAGAUAAGGAUACGAAAUUUCUUGCAUCUGGUGGAAACUUCGUUACGCUAUAGUAGCUUAGUCGAAAUAGUGGGGUGUACCACAAUUAUAUGUCUUGUGGGAUAUUGUAUAAUAGGGGAGUGGGAAGAUAGAAAUGUGACGGCCCUAUGUUCGUACGUAACUGCUCUCACGUCCGUUAUUAUUAACAUUUUUAUUUUAUGUUAUAUCGGGGAAUAUGUGACGAUUCAAAACAUUCGGUGA